UCACACACCAACACACCUGCAGCAGCAGGCAGAGACAGAGAAACAGAGAAAGCAAAUGGAAAGUGACGACGACUACCCUCCUGACCUGGUGCCCGCGCAGGAGUUGUUUUCGCUGAGCUCAAACGAUACGCUACCAGAGGACACAAGCUCAUCACAGCCUACACCCGUUGCAGAGGUUGCCGUAGGGGUAGAGAGGCCAUCAACAGCACCAGGAGCUGUGCCGGUAACGAUCGUAACAGGCUUCCUGGGAGCAGGAAAGACGACCCUGCUCAAUUACAUACUCACCCAGGACCAUGGUCGACGCAUCGCGGUGAUUGAGAACGAGGUUGGAGACAGCAUGGACAUCGAGUCGCUUAUCGCGAAGGAUGGCGCCGACGGAUCGGUCUUGGCGGACAACCUUUUCGAGCUCAGGAACGGUUGUAUUUGCUGCGCGGUCAAGGACGACCUCGUCACCACCCUGGAGAUGUUGCUUCAACGAAGGAACAAGUUCGACUACAUCAUCAUCGAGACUACAGGCCUCGCCAACCCGGGUCCUGUAGCGAGUGUUUUUUGGCUUGACGAGGCCUUGGAAAGCGCUCUGCGGCUCGACAGCAUAGUCACCUUGGUGGACGCCAAGAAUUUUGUGCGACAGCUGCAGCGCGUUCCGGGUGAGGGAGCCGAGGCCGGCGCGGAGGGAGAGGAGCAGUCCGGGACACGCCCCAAAAAUGAGGCUGCCAUGCAAGUGGCCUACGCUGACCGCGUCCUCAUCAACAAGAGUGACCUCGUGUCUACCGAAACCCUCAAGGACGUGGUUGGACGAGUGCGAACAAUCAACGCUCUAGCCGAAGUUCGUUGCACCAAGCGCUCCGCGGUGGACCUAGCGUGGAUUUUGGACACCGAAUGCUUCUCCUCGGAGCUGGCGGCAGCGGUAGACCCUUCGCUCGCACCGCCUGGGGCUUUGCUAGGCACAGCCCAACAGAACGAAGGCGGCAGAGGCAGUAGCGCAGCGGAUCGAGGGAUCGCUCGAACGGGGUCUCGUCCCGGGGAUGCACAUGUUCAUGCCCGUGACGUUGAGCCGAGAGCGGGGCACACGGAGAGCUUUCACCACCAUGCCGACGGAGAAGCAUGCGAUGAGUGCGCCGCGGUAGAAGGGCCUGGCGGCACGGCUUGCUCUGUGCAUGACCCUUCCGUGACCACCUGCGCGGUAGACUUGCCAGGUUCGUUGGACCUCUCGCGUCUGGAGCGGUGGCUUGGGGGCUUGCUAUGGGACCCACCCCCAGGAGGGACGGAGGUGUAUCGCGUCAAGGGGGUGGUUAGCGUGGAGGGUAGAGGCGAGCGCUUCGUCGUCCAGGGUGUGGCUGACCUGUUCGAGGUGACGCCGGUAGAGGUGAUCGGCAGUGCUUGGCAAGAAGGAGAGGCACGACGGUGCAAAGUGGUGUUCAUCGGGCGGUUGCUGUCCUCGAGGGACCUCGAGCGAGGCAUAAGGUCGUGUAUGGUUCAGGACUAGAGAUCGGUGUUGUUUUUCUUCGCCGGAGAAUGGUAUGCCCUUCACACCAUUUGUUAGCGCGGAGGGACACACACGUGCGUGUUCGUGUUUUCCUUCAAACGUUGAAGCUCGUGCCUGACACGAGCCGAGCUGAUGUUGUUGUCUCCUGGCUUGGUUGGUGAUGCUGGGUAGGCCUUGCAUCGCCGAACCUAGCAAGAACAUUUUGUAUUGCUCCCGUGAAGUGGUCGCGUAAGCCGUAUGGUACUUGGUGUGAAGCGGAUGAGGAAAUGCAUUCGGCAUUCGUGGUGGGUGUCCACGUGUAUUUCUACAGCCAUAGGGCUUCUUGGGGUGAAUCAAGAUUGAUUAAGCGACACCCGAACCCUACCGUAGUCUCGAGUAUGUAAGUGCUAGUGUUGCCUUGCCUGCUUGCUGUGUACAAUAGCAAGUUACACCCACGAGACUCACCAAGAAUUCAUGUUCUGUUCCUGCAACGUAGACGAGGUAUCUAAGUGGAAAUGGUGCAUUGGAGCGCCGUUAAAAAAUGUUUCAGUGUUGACGUGUGUACCCCAUCUAUUCUGACACCAGACUGCGCACAGGUGUCUAUG